AUGGGGAGCUCAACCGAGUUGGCCCCAGCGUAUGUCGAUAGCGUCAUGGCUCCCGAUACGGAUGCCAACCCCAAUGUCAACGGCAGUGGCGGUGCGUUUAAUGAACCGCUGGUCCUCGACUUCGCGACCAUGCAAGAUGCGUCUAAUUCGAUUACAAGGAGUGCCCCUCUUUCACCCGUCACUAGACCGGUUGAUCCCGAGCGACAUGAAAGUUGGCUUUCGGAUGACGAUACUUCUGCUCCUGCACCCCAGAUAGACUUUACAAGAAAGGAUAUCCAUAUCCCUUUCCGGACCAGUUCCGUCACUCCUCGGGCCACCCAAAAGCGUAUAUCGUUGCAAAGACGACUGAGCGCUGAGCCAUCAUCUCCUAACAACGGACGUUCGACACCGACACCAGACAUGCAACAGUCUCGUGCUCGAAGCAUGUCACGCACAUCUAGUGCAGUGCCGCAAAACGUGCAGUCAUCACGAAUUACUACUAAUGAACCAACAAUGAUACGAAGUUCGGCAGACUCUGUGAUAUCAUACGAGUCUGCUACACCAUCCAUUACAACUCAACAACUUGCGCCGUUGCAGCAGAAAGGUGGAAUGAUAGAUGACGGCGAUCGACUUUCGCCAUUACUGGAAGACGACCCUCAUUCAUUUGACCUUGUCAGCGCACCCGUCGAGAACGCGAGAUCCCAAUACUCGCUCGAAACCAGAUCUGAGCAACUCUUCUCAAGGGAACAUCUGCAGGCCAUCUUUGCCGACACUGCGUCACUGCUUCGAUUUACGUCCUUUCUGAGCGUGGCCCGUCCCAAUUCACUGCCUACUUUGAUCUACUACCUGGAUGCACUGAAAGCGCUAAGAGCUAUCAGCUAUGCCAACGCCGUUGCAGAAGCGCUGGAACCCAUCCCUGGCCUAGACUUCACCGAGACUCCAGCACGAAAUACAAUGAAUGCAGUCCUGGAGGAAAAAGCCAAUCGGGCCUUUGAUGUCCUGGUCCGUGACGAUCUUCCGGCGUUUAUUACGCACGUCUUCACCCAAGUCGUUAGCGUGAGCAUCGCGAAGCGCGUCACAGGGAAUUUACCUCCGAUGCUUCGUGAGGCUAGCGAGGGUUUGGCCGAAGUUUUCUGCCUGACAGACCCGUCCAGGACCGACAAUCCGAUCAUCUUCGCGUCCGAAGAAUUUCAUCGUCCAAAGACGAAUCGGAGCAGUGUAGAGCGUUUUGGAUUGGCUGCUCGGGAAGGAAGAGAUCACAGUGAAGUGUUCCUGAACUAUCGCCGUGAUGGAUCGCCAUUUAUGAAUCUUUUGAUGAUUGCGCCUCUACUCGACUCACGAGGGAAUCUCCGUUAUUUCAUUGGCGCGCAAAUCGACAUCUCUGGUCUUGUGAAGGACAGCACCGAUCUCGAGGCUUUCCGGCGCAUGCUUGACGAGGAAGAGGGCCACAAAGAGAAGGAGCCGCCAAAAGAUGAGUUCCAAGCACUCAGUGAAAUGUUCAACAACACGGAGCUGGACACAGUGCGGAAGUAUGGCGGCAACAUGCAUAGGGAACAUCUAGAGGAGCAGGAUGAAGCGAAUAUGCAGCACAAGCCCAGACUGCUGAUACAGGAUCAGUCGACGUAUGACGUGGAUAGGGCUGAGAAGCCAGCACCCAAGCCAGACGGUAGGCUGUCUGGUCCGUACAAACAUUACCUUGUUGUGCGCCCUGCGCCAUCCCUGCGCAUCCUCUUUACAUCGCCGUCCCUUCGUGUUCCAGGCAUCCUCCAAUCACGGUUCCUCGAUCGCAUUGGUGGGAGCAACCGUGUCCGAGAGUCUCUCAGCGACGCGCUUUCAGACGGGUCGCGCGGUGUUACGGCGAAGAUUCGCUGGCUACCGCACGCCGUGUCAGACCUCGAAGACCAUUACGAAGAGGGCCGACCCCGGUGGAUACAUUGCACUCCUUUGCUCGGCCAGAACGGAUCAGUGGGCGUGUGGAUGGUUGUGCUCGUUGACGAGAAAGAGCACAUUGCGCCGCAUCGUAGAUUCCGCCAGGCACCGCCUAUUCCUAACGACAUCCGCGGCAACAACCUAGCGCAAACCUCGCGACCAUACCAAACUCCCCGGUUCGACGACUUUGGCAACGAAACCAGCUCGUAUUCCCAAUCUUCACGCGGAGCGUCUCCUUACACGAACGGCUAUGCGAACGGCAAUGGCGUAUCCCGUCACCUGGAUGCCUUGCGCAACCCAUCAAGUCCGCACCGGGCGCAAAGCCCAAUGAGUUACGACCAGCGCGGACUGCGGUCGGCUGGUUCGUCGGUCAAGGAUUAUGUCAAUGGUCCCCAGGCCAGUGUUGACUCUUUCCGCAUCUAA